UUACCAGACCAACUGCACAACGUCCGCACACUCACACCGACUUGACUGCAGUAGAUGUCUACCAGGCUCUUAUAAUGCCUGUGUUCUUGUCUUUAGCAUUAAAUAGGCGGUUGUUUUGUUUCUUUAUUCGCGCUAAAUGUUUCGAUUAAUUAAUUUGAUGACAUUAUUUUAUUGCAAUAAUUUAUCGCUAUACCUCUGGUACAGCCGGAACACUCACGGUUCUCCGGUGAUUGUUUCCUCCAUAUUCUCAUGGCGGAGACUAAAAUUAUUUACCAUAUAGACGAGGAGGAAACUCCUUACUUGGUAAAAUUGUCAGUUGCUCCAGAUAAGGUAACUUUGGCAGAUUUUAAAAAUGUCCUCAACAAUCGCCCGGUUAACAGCUACAAAUUCUUCUUCAAAUCUAUGGAUCAAGAUUUUGGGGUUGUUAAGGAGGAGAUCUCGGAUGACAACGUCAAGCUGCCUUGCUUCAACGGGAGAGUGGUGUCAUGGCUUGUAUUGGCAGAAAGCUCCCACACUGAUGGGAUGUCAAUGUGUACAGACAGUCAUGCUGAACUUCCUCCACCCCUGGAGAGAACAGGGGGCAUCGGAGACUCCAGACCCCCCUCAUUCCAUGCCAAUGCAGUGAGCAGCAGAGACGGCCUGGAUACAGAGACCAGUGAGACACUCCUCAGCCAUCGUAGAGAGAGGGAACGUGAAAGAACCAGGCGGAGAAGAGAAGAGCUCCCGCGUGUGAACGGUCACUCCAAAGCUGAGCGGGGCGUAAGGGAAACAGCAAUGGUGUGUGACAGCGCCUCUAUGAUGAGCAGUGAACUGGAGUCAAGCUCCUUCAUCGACAGUGAGGAGGACGAGGAUGGCAGCAGACUGAGCAGUUCCACAGAACAGAGCUCCUCUUCCCAGCUAAUGAGGAGGCACAAGCGUAGACGCAGGCGCCAUAAAGUGCCCAAGAUUGACCGGUCAUCCUCUUUCAGCAGUAUCACAGAUUCAACCAUGAGUUUGAACAUUAUCACCGUUACACUCAACAUGGAGAAGUACAACUUUCUGGGCAUCAGUAUUGUGGGACAGAGUAAUGACCGUGGUGAUGGAGGCAUCUACAUUGGCUCCAUCAUGAAGGGAGGAGCAGUUGCAGCAGACGGAAGGAUAGAGCCAGGAGAUAUGCUCCUGCAGGUGAAUGACGUGAACUUUGAGAAUAUGAGCAACGACGAUGCUGUAAGGAUUCUCAGAGAGAUUGUCUCCAAGACUGGGCCGAUCAGUCUCACUGUGGCUAAGUGCUGGGACCCUUCACCUAGGAGCUACUUCACCAUACCAAGAGCUGAACCUGUGCGGCCGAUCGAUCCUGCUGCCUGGAUAUCUCACACAACUGCACUUACAGGAGCUUAUCCACAGUAUGAGUUUGACGACCUCCCACUCACAGUCGGGAAGACGGACAUGACAACCAUUGUGAAGGUGAUGCAGCUUCCAGACUCAGGCCUAGAGAUCAGGGACCGGAUGUGGCUGAAGAUAACCAUCGCUAAUGCUGUUAUAGGAGCUGAUGUGGUAGACUGGCUAUACUCGCGGGUGGAGGGCUUUAAGGACCGACGUGAUGCCCGCAAGUAUGCUAGUAGCAUGCUGAAGCACGGCUACCUCAGACACACCGUCAACAAGAUCACCUUUUCAGAGCAGUGCUACUACACAUUUGGAGACCUCUGCCAAAACAUGGCUUCGCUGAACCUAAAUGAAGGUUCCAGUGGUGGUGGUUCAGACUCACUGGCACCUCUCCCCCCACCCUCCAAUCCCUGGCCAACGGGGGGGCAGCCUUUUCCCUACCCACCCUUUUCAUCAGCGCCCCCUGGCUUUCCCCCGGGGUACUCCGACCCCUGCCACAGCUUCCACAGCGGCAGUGCAGGCAGCCAGCACAGCGAGGGAAGUCGCAGCAGCAGUUCCAACCCCAGUGCUGGGAGAAGCCAGCGGCCAGUGCCCCGGGACAGGGACCGCAAGUUGACAGGCAGUGGCGGCAGCCAAUCAGAAACAGGCACUCGGGGAGGGGGUAGGUGGGGCGAGCGUUCGACCAGUCAGCUAAGCCACCGCAGCCACGCCAUAUCAUCCCAUAGCCACGCCCACUCUGGACAUAGCAAAACCCACUCUCACCGAAGCCGAGUGCCCUCACACCAUAGCCGCGCCUCCUUCUCCUACAGCCAUGCCUCCUUUCACAAGCAAGGCCACACCUCCUGUGCGCACAGUGAACGGAGCCACGCCUCCUCUUACGGCCCUCCUGGUCUGCCUCCUCCCUAUAGUCUAGCCAGACUUCCCCCUAAAGGGGCCAUUAGCAGUGGGCCCCCAGGGGCGCCACCAGUCCGCGAGCUUGCGUCCAUCCCUCCAGAACUCACAGCAAGCCGUCAGUCAUUCCAGCAUGCCAUGGGUAACCCCUGCGAGUUCUUUGUGGACAUCAUGUGAUCGCGCAACGCUGCUCUGAAACAUGGGCAGGAGAGGUGGCGUGUGGGGUCAGCACUCUCAUGGCUCCUCUCUUCUGUCUCCAUGCCAACAGCAUACACAAGUGCUCCUGUUCAGUUAGUCCUGCUUUCCUCCGAGGUGUAGCAGUCACUUUCCACUUUUUUUGCUGUGACUCUGUGGAUUUUGGCUCUGGUUUGUAUGGAACAUGUUGAAGAUAAUCACAUGGGGCAAGUUUAAACCAAAGUGUUACAUGGAUAAAAUCACUAUAUAAAUAGACAUUGGUGAUUGUUUUUUCUAGGCUGAUAACAAAAAAACAACAAAACGUCCACUGAAAUUAGUCAAAACCUCUAGACAAUGAGCCACAAAAUGCACCUAUAAGAUAAAUGUGUUAAUUUUAUAAAAUAUAAUAAUUAACCCAUCUUACAUCUACCUUUAUUACCACCGCAGAUGUCCUCCAGGGGCACUGUUAAGCUGAAUUCAUACUAGACUAGAAGACAAUCAGACAUCCCCCUCUGCUGGUCAGAAGCUGUCACUACACAAUUUCAAAGCUUAGUAAACAGGUAAACAGCCCGCAUUUGAUAUGCCUGCAAACCAGUAGAGCAUUCAAACCAGUUCCAAACCCAGUCCUUUAGUUUUCAUAAUUUCAUACUCAAAAUUUACUGAUAUUGAUAUACCUUUGAACAUUAAUGAGAUAGUUCUCUGUGUCAAACUCUAAAUAAAAUAAAUUGUGCAUUUUUACCAAUUACUCUACCCUGGCUGUAGACCUCUAUAAUGUCUCUCACCAGGCAUCUAUAAAGUACAGACAGAUGUUAACUGAGGUCAUUAUAUUCACAUUCUUUCACUUUGGAAUUACAGGGUAAACUCAAGAACCUGGAAAGAGACAUAGACAGAGCGAGAGAAAGCAUAAAAACUGAGGUGUCAUCAGCUGCGUAAGCCAAGUGCUUCUGAAGUUCUAGGAGUGCGUGCAUAUCUUCAUUUAUUUUAUUGUAAGCUAAACAAAACUGCAGUUUCCCUUCUCUUGGUGAAGAAGGGUUCAACAGCUUCUUUUUACUGUGAUGGAAGGGGCAUGGUUACCUGCCAGUGCUAUCUAAACAACAUGAACCAACAAUCUGUAGUAAUGUAUGUUUGCUUGUUGUUAAUGUCAAUUUGAGCAGAAAUUAGUGGCAAAUGUGUCGAAAUUCCCUCUAAAUGAAGAGUGGGAUGUGUUUAGAAUACUUUGUGCUAUUGUGAGGUAUCCACCUUCUUAACAUCCUGCCUGCCCUCGAGUUACCACAGCAUUCAACCUACCUGGCACAUCUUAUAUGCACAUCUUAGUGUUAAACAUUGUACAUAUUCAGGUGCUUCUUUUAUUUCUGUCCAAUGGGAAGAUGGGGGAGGGUGGAGUCACAGUGUACAGACUUCCAUUUUUAUUGUACAUAUGAGAAAUUAAAAAAAAUGUAUAAAAUAUGUACAAUAGGUCAUGGUCAUGCCUUCUUUUGUAAAUUGAUGUAAAAUGCAAAUUUGAUUACACAUGACUGUGUGAAUACAAGUUGAAAUUUCA